AUGGAGAACGAGAAGGGAGAAAUCGUCGAUCUCUACGUCCCCCGCAAAUGCAGCGCGACCAACCGCAUCAUCAAGGCCAAGGACCACGCUUCCGUGCAGAUCAGCGUCGGCAAGGUUGACGAGAACGGCCGCUACACUGGCGAGAACCAGACCUAUGCUCUCUGCGGAUUUGUGCGAGCUAGAGGAGAGGGCGAUGACAGUCUCAACCGCCUCGCUCAGCGGGAUGGUUUCUUGAAGAAUGUGUGGAGCGCGAGCGCCCAGCGAUAA